GCCCUCUCAGUUCUUACGCUUGCGAGGCCGGUGUAUCGCUCUAGGAGGGAGUGUUUGCCGCCGCCGCGGCCGCCACCUGGAGUUUCUCAGCCUCCAGGUUUCCCUCCCAACCACGAGGAGUCCAGGAGGGAAAAGCGGAGCCUGCGUGCCAAGAACCCGCACCUCCCACGCCUUUUCCAGCCGGAGAUCGCCCCGGCAGGGAUGGGCGACAAGAUCUGGCUGCCCUUGCCGGUGCUGCUCCUGGCCGCUCUGCCCUCAGCGCUGCUGCCGGGGGUGGCGGGCUUCACGCACUCCUUGGACAGCGACUUCACGUUUACCCUUCCGGCCGGCCGUAAGGAGUGUUUCUACCAGCCCAUGCCCCUGAAGGCCUCGCUGGAGAUCGAGUAUCAAGUUUUAGAUGGAGCAGGAUUAGAUAUUGACUUCUCUCUUACUUCUCCAGAAGGAAGAACUUUAGUUUCUGAAGAAAGAAAAUCAGAUGGAGUUCACACGGUAGAGACGGAAGUAGGUGACUACAUGUUCUGCUUUGAUAAUACAUUCAGCACAAUUUCUGAGAAGGUGAUUUUCUUUGAGUUAAUCCUGGAUAAUAUGGGAGAACAGGAGCAAGAACAAGAAGACUGGAAGAAAUAUAUUACUGGCACGGAUAUGUUGGAUAUGAAACUGGAAGACAUCCUGGAAUCCAUCAACAGUAUCAAGUCCAGGCUAAGCAAAAGUGGUCAUAUCCAAACUCUGCUUAGAGCAUUUGAAGCUCGUGAUCGAAAUAUACAAGAAAGCAACUUUGAUAGAGUCAACUUCUGGUCUCUGGUUAAUUUAGUGGUAAUGGUGGUGGUAUCAGCCAUUCAAGUUUAUAUGCUGAAAAGUCUAUUUGAAGAUAAGAGAAAAAGUAGAACUUAAAAUUCCAUAUCAGAGUACUUAAUAAUAUUGAAAAAGACAGAAAAAUGCAGUAAACUGUUGUUACAGUCAAGACCAUUAAUAGUAUUUUCCAAAAUUUCUUAGUUAUUACCAUAAGUGUGAAACAAUUAUAAUUUUAAUGUGAAAGAAGUCUUCAUUUUCAUCUGUACAAGUAAUCUUAUGCUCCAGUUGUACUGAAGUGUAUAACAAAUAUUUUGUAGAUUAUAGGUAUAAUUGAAUGAAGCCAUACUAAUAAUGGCAUUUUCCUAAGUUUAAAAAAAAAUUUGCAAAUAUGCCAUAGGUGAUUUAAAUAAACGAACUACGGGCCUAAA